AUGGAGUCCAAAACCAUUGAGAUGGCGGCUCUAGGAAGAGCUCUGCAUCCUGGCACACUGUAUGACUGCCGCAGCGAUGCUUUAAUUCCAGGUAUUUCUCUAUGGGAUAAUGAAACAAUAAAGAAGGGUUUGGAUUCACGUCGACAGCCCAAGACAGAUCUGAAUUUCAGUGCUUCCGAUUCUCUGAAUGAGAAAGCAAAACUCCUAGAAGUGAGUGCCUCCCUUCAAGCUAGUUUCCUGGGUGGUUUAGUGGAAGUUGGAGGCGCAGCCAGGUACAUGCGCGAUAACAAAUCCUCAGCACAUCAGAGCCGAGUUUCUCUGCAGUUCAGCCAGACAACAAAAUUCGAACAACUUACUAUGGACCAGAUGGGCAAUAUCAAAUAUCCUGAAGUGUUUGUGGAUGGAAGCGCUACACAUGUUGUUACUGCUGUACUGUAUGGAGGUCAAGCUUUCAUGGUGUUCGAUCUAACAGCCAAUGAGAAUGAGGAUAAAGAAGAAAUUGAGGGAAAUCUAAAUGUAAUGAUCCAAAACAUACCUUCACUUUCCAUUGAGGGAGCAGGAGCUCUAACCAUGAGUGAAUCAGAAAAGAAAUUAGCGGAGUCUAUCAAUUGUACAUUUUAUGGUGACUAUGAACUUGAAGAGAGCCCCACCACAUACAUGGAGGCCCUCGAGCUGUACAGGAAGCUUCCGUCUAUCCUGAGGGAGAGGGAGAAUGACGCAGUACCAAUGAAGGUUUGGCUUUAUCCCCUUGCAUAUUUGAGUACAAAAGCAGCUACACUGGAGAGAGAAAUUCACAAGACACUGAUCACUAAAACAGAAACUCUAUUGGAGGAACUGGGAAACGCAGAGAUUCAAUGUAAUGACCUGAUUACAAACACAACAGUAAGUAAUUUCCAGGAUGUGAAACUAAGACUGAAGACGUUUCAGGAUUGUCUAAAAGACUACAAGGCGAUGUUCCUAAAAGCACUGCGUAGGCUGAUUCCUGCUAUUCGGGGUGGAACGGAACAGGAACAGGCACUAGCAGACAUCAUAACCAUCCAUGAGAAGUCUCCCUUUAGAGAGGAGAAGCUGAACCAGUGGCUUGAGUACAGAAAGGGUGAAGUAAAUCUGCUUAAUCUCUAUAUUCAGCAACUGAGUGGUGUCCCUGUGAUAAAAUACUCGGCCCUCAACAACAUUCUCUUUAAUCCCAGUGUCGAUACUGUGGUGUGCUUCUGCUUUACCUCUCUGACAGAUGAAGACCCAUAUUUGUCAAUUCUAAAUACCUUUAUGAAUGUGGAUGUGUUUGAAAAACUGUCAGCAAUUCCAGAGUCAGCUGACCAAGACAUGAAGGUCUGGUUCCAGAAACCUGAAGUAAUUGAGAAUAUAAAAGAUAAGCUUUUUCUCUUCAAAGGUUUUUCCCUGGCUAAUAAAGAUGAGAAAAAAAGCAGGUUUGUCAUCGUCUCUGUCUCCGACCCCUCCAAUCCUGGAAUCUCCAUCCGCCUUUACAAGAAAGGGACAAUGGUGGACAACGCAUUUCAACCCGUGUCCAAACCUCCUGCACCCAAGGUGGACGUCCAGGAUAUAAAUAUAACCUUGAAGCUGCAGAAGUCCCCGACUGGAUCAACAGUGCGGUUCAGAGUGGAAUACAGGGCAGUACGUGCCACUGAUUCAGAAACUGAUGUGGAAAAAUGGGAAGUCACAGAGACUCCAGAUGCACAGGAAAACUUUAUACUGACUGGACUUGAGCUAGCAAAGCAAUACAGGAUUCGGUACAGAGCUAUUAGUGAUGUUGGAGCGAGUGAAGCCAGCGACUCUGUCCUGUUCUCUGCUCAUGGAAAAUAUAAAGUAUCCGUGAGCAAGCCGUGGGAAAUUCCAUAUCAGGCUGAAAUCUCUAGUGGGAUGAAAGCAGGAAGAGCUUUUCACUUCAAAGGGGUUCUUCCUGAAGAUUCAUACAGCUUUAACAUUAUGUUCAAGACUGGGAAGGGGGAUGAUGAUGACAUUGCUUACUACCUGAGGGUAUACCCUGAGGUGCUUUCAAAUCAGAGAAUAAUCAUUGAUGGAAACCAUGACAAACAAGGAUCGGUUUUUGGAUGUCCCCUUCUCAAAGGAUCAGCAUUUGACAUCUUCAUUGUCAUUGGAAAGGAAGGCUAUGUGACUGGGCCAAAUGAUGGUGAUGACAUCGCUUUCCAGUUUAGGCCUGAGCUAAAGGCUGUGGUUUGUAACAGUUGCAAGAAUGGAAAGUGGGAGGAUAAAGAAUCAAAAGAGGAGGCGCUGUUUGCCGAAGGAGAAAUCUUUGACAUCAUCAUGAUUAUUACCCAAAAUGCAUAUGAGGUUACUGUCAAUGGCCGUGAGUUCUGUAAAUUUGAACAUCGUAUACCAGUGGACAAAGUGUCCACACUUCAAAUACGUGGAGAUGUCCUCAUGAACACCUGUGCCAUUAUACAUGUAAGUCAUUGGCAUGUGAACAAGGAGAAAAAAUAA